AUGUGCUUCCCUCUACACAUCAACGAGCCCUACCUGGUGGGCUGGCAGUACUCGGCUUUCAUCUUCCUGGGACUCAAUAUUGUAAGCAUGGUGGUGAUCUUCAGCGCCUACACCGGACUCUUCAUCAAUAUUCGGGAAACAAGGAUGUGCACGUCUCUCUCCAGCGACGAGAUGACCUUUGCUCUCCGCUUCUUCUUCAUAGUCGUCACCAACUGCCUGUGUUGGCUGCCCAUCAUGUGCGUCAAGGUGGCCGCCCUGGCCAACAUUGACGUCCACCAGGGGGUGUACGCGUGGCUGGUAGUGCUCGUUCUCCCCAUCAACUCUGCAGUCAACCCCGGACUCUACACAUUCUCCACCUCACAGUUCCAGUCACAAGUAACCAACGCCAUCACUCUCUUCCGCAGAGCGCGCCAGAGGAACAGCUCAGCGACACACAGCGUCUUCCACCACCGGUGCUGCAGCGACACACAGCGUCUUCCACCACCGGUGCUGCAGCGACACACAGCGUCUUCCACCACCGGUGCUGCAGCGACACACAGCGUCUUCCACCACCGGUGCUGCAGCGACACACAGCGUCUUCCACCACCGGUGCUGCAGCGACACACAGCGCCACCACCGGUGCUGCAGCGACACACAGCGUCUUCCACCACCGGUGCUGCAGCGACACACAGCGUAUUAUCUCCGGACAUUUGGAAGAUACAGUGA